UAGGUAAAAUUGGAUUCUAUUGCCUGGUUUCUCGAGACCAGGCGCUGUGUCGUCGUCGUCGUCAUCGUCGCUGUGGCGAUCGGGCUCAGGAAAAUAUGCGUCGCAGAUAUUUCUUCGGGUCACGUAGCUCAUUCUGUGCGCGAGUUUCACAGCGAUAUUUGUUCGUGCAGUCUUAGGAAGUUUCGUUCUCCAGGAUAGGCGUGUUUCGGACGUGAAUGAGACACUGGGGUUCGAGGAUUGCUGCCCUUCUGUGCCUGGGUUGCGUUGUGUGUGGUUUGGUAUCUGGGUUGUAGUUCAGUCAGCGGCACUGCGUGUCGAAGUGUCGCACCUGAAACGGGCGCUUGUGGCACUCACACGGAUCCGGAGCGUCGAAUCCCUCAUACUUUCAUUUGUUAGUGCCGAGAUGUAAUGUGUGAGUCAUCUCUCGCGAAGGGCUUUUACUAAUUUUCUCAAAUUUUAAUACCAAUUUUUGAGAGCUCGUGGGGUAAUGGUCAGUGCCGGUCUUUUUUACAAUGAAUUCCCGCUAUUUUAUUAUUUUUUUCCCGAUGUUCGGGGUCUUUUGCAAUUUUUCUUUCACUUGGGUUUCAUCUUGAAGAAUCUCUAAAGUCGGAGAUUGUUUUCCUCCGCCUCAUAUUUUCCUGACUUUUUUUUUAGUGGGAAACGACGUCGAUUUCUUGUCUUUCGAAAAUCUCUUCUGCACUGUCUUUGGCUUUUGAGGAUCCUUUGAGAAGGGAGGAAGGGCUUGUCUAUUGAACCAGAGACUUCAUGCUUCGGUUCAGUUUCCGAAUUGUGCCUCGAAUAAGGAAUUAUUUCUACUAAGCGUGUGGGAGGGUUCGAUAGACGGUAUCAGUUUUCAUAAUACUGGGAAUUGGGUUAUAGCUCUUAGUUGCUACCUUUGACUAUGACUUCGAAAUUUUCAAAUUCAGUUGCAGAGCUCAUCUAGUGUAGAGGCGGAUUGUAGCGCGAUUAAUUUUCGGUUCUUUGUGUCGAGAGGAAUUCGCCAUUGGAAGGAUGUAUUGAUCCAGGAUGGAGUAACCUCAUUUAUGCUUACUACAGUAUUUGCUGAAAUUGUCAACCUGCUGUAGUAUGAGUCUGUCUAUUGUCUCUUUCAACAUUUGCAACGAUUAAUUAGGCUGAAGUUGCUUGAGAACCAGUCGUCUGAGCGCGUGAUGGCGACCAGGCAACCAGCUCAAAUUUUUGUAAAAAGAUCGUCGGAAGCUGGGCCAUCGUUGACACAUGGUCGCCGACAAUUUGCUCCUUCAGAAUCAUCUGUAGUCGGAGAUGAAGUUGAUGAGUCGGUCGUUAGGAGGAAGAAACGGGCAAUCCCCCGAACUUCUGAGAGUGAUGCUGAUAGAGCUGGUCCUUCGGAGAUUGUGCCAAGUUUUGUGGGUCAGGCUAUUAUCCCAACAAACAUCUUUGGGGUUCUCUUCCCGAACCGAAGUUAUCCUCUAGACGCCUCCAACUUUACACAAGUUGACACGCAUAAAUGGCUUCUGAAUAUGGAUAUCUUUGUAGGUGAACCUUACGAUAAAGUGACAGAGAUCUGUAUUUAUCUCUUCCACGAAGAGUCCAUCCCACCCGAUAAAGCAGUAGCAGUUUACGUUCAAUCUCCUGGCUCUAGUUUUCAAUUUCGAGGUGGUGUGACCAGGGCCUGUCCUUCUUCAGUGCUUUCACUGCUGUGGCCAACAACUUCAAGUCAGAUGAAUCUGAUAGGUUCUACUUCUCGACCGGUAACCGCUAAAAUUGGGGUGUCCAUUGAGGAUGCAGCUACCCUCCCGGCUUUAAACGUCGGUCGGCACAGGCAGCUUGAGCAAGUUGCCUUGAAUGUCGGGCGUAAUUUAUUUAAUUUCAUGCAGUCAUUUUGCCAUGUCCAGGAUAAUCACUUAGGCGUCCCUCGUGGUAUUUUCGAACAAUGGUACAAGAAAUUCGUGGAGCGGUCACAGAGGGAUCCUGAGUACGUAAAUCGCUUACUUGUGGCGUAGAACAUGCUUCAUUGUACAGUGUGAAGAACAUUUCCUCACAAAAAAUCGAAGUCCAUUUGAGAGUUUCCUUUUGCAGAGCUUACUGUACAACGUGUCACUUGUCGUCCUAUUACUUGUGACGAGUAUGCUGGGUUAGUGUUCAUUCGUCUUCCUUUUACGUGGAGAUUGCGUGGCCUGUCUAAAUCUGUGUAUAGUCAGCACUUGUUGCACAGUGAGCCUGUAAAUUAUUGUGGCCACGGUCAGCUUUUGCUGCGUGCUUUCCUAACAGAAUUACGUUCAUUAGA